AUGGAUCUCGACUCUGGGGACUCCCCGUGGGGUGAUGAGCCCUCCCAGUUCAAGCCCAGUCAGGAUGCCCCCAAGCCAAGCGCUACAACAGAGGGUGGUAGGUUUCCUUCCGACCGAUUUGCUCCACAGCCCACUAAACGCACUCCCAUACAGAAGCCGCACCCCCCCGCGUCAGAGACAGCGCCCACUGUCCGCACACCCGGAAGACGAGGCCCUCGAGGUACUCGCAAGAUCAGUGCGCAAGCCACAAAACUCGAGUCUGUCGAUGAUUCCGUCGACCCUCUCGGCCCAUUGGGUGAAGUGCCCGCCGAGGCUGCUCCGACACCCGCAGACGAGGCACCAGCACCACCCCAAAAGGAACCCUUCGCCGGACGCGCGCAAUCGCUUUCAUCCCCGCAGACCCCGAGUGGGACAGGAGACUCGGCCAAUGUGGAUGAGGACACUGCAGGCUUCCGCGGCCCUCCGCCUGUCCAGCCACCAGUGGAAACGGAUGGACCGAAACGACAGACGCAGCCUAGCAUGAGUGUUGAACAGGCUGCGAAGCCCACGUUCCAAAUCUACGUUGGAGAUCCGCACAAAGUGGGCGAUCUGACCAGCAGUCACAUCGUCUAUCAAGUUUCGACCAAGACCUCAUCUAAAGCCUACCGCAACCCAGAAUUCACAGUCACCCGUAGAUACCGCGACUUCCUCUGGCUCUACAACUCUCUACAUGCCAGCAACCCUGGUGUGGUUGUUGCGCCUCCGCCCGAGAAGCAAGCCAUGGGCCGCUUUGAUACUAACUUUGUGGAAUCAAGGAGGGCUGCUUUGGAGCGAAUGCUUAACAAAAUUGCCGGUCAUCCCAUCCUUCAACAUGAUGGAGAUGUGAAGAUUUUCCUUGAAAGCGAGGCGUUCAACGUGGAUGUCAAGAAUAAGGAGAACCGCGAGCCCGAUAUUGGUCCAAGCAAGGGAAUGCUGAGCUCCUUUGGUAUCUCUGUUGGUGGAGGUAGCAAGUUCGUGGAGCAUGACGAUUGGUUCCAUGACCGUAAGGUCUACCUUGAUGCUCUCGAAAAUCAGCUCAAGGCCUUAAUGAAAUCCAUGGACACUGUGGUACUACAGCGUAAGGGACUCGCCGACGCGGCAGGCGACUUUUCAAGCUCGCUACACGCCUUGUCUGCUGUCGAACUAUCUCCUGCUCUUUCGUCUCCUCUGGAAGGACUUUCCGAGCUUCAACUUCGCAUCCGUGAACUCUAUGAUCGACAGGCACAGCAGGAUGUCCUAACCCUUGGAAUCACGAUUGAUGAAUAUAUCCGCUUAAUUGGAAGUGUCAAGAUGGCAUUCACCCAACGACAAAAGGCCUUCCACACUUGGCAUGCGGCUGAAUCCGACCUUCAGAAGCGCAAGAACACGCAAGAUAAGUUGCUUCGCCAAGGCAAGACCCAGCAAGACCGCCUGAAUCAGGUCAAUGCCGAUGUCGCAGACGCAGAGCGCAAGGUUCACCAGACACGACUGCUGUUCGAAGACAUGGGCAGACUUAUGCGAAACGAGCUCCAACGCUUUGAGAAGGAGAAGGUCGAAGACUUCAAGUCGGGUGUUGAGACAUUCCUCGAAAGUGCAGUUGAGGCUCAGAAAGAGUUGAUCGAACUUUGGGAGACAUUCCUCCUGCGCCUGGAUGCUGGCGAAGAGGGCCUGCCAUACUAUGUGCCUCCAUCUGAAGUGACUGAUGCGCCUACUGAACCCACCGAGGCAGUCUCUGAAUCAACGCCUCUUGUUGCAGAGGAUGCUUAA